AAACAAACUGUUUUUUUUAUGCAUUUAUAGACAGCUUAGAAAACCCUAUGGCCUUUUUAUAAACUGUACGUGCACUUUUGCAGAAGACACUUACCUGGAUUGUAAACAUAUUUGAAAACUAUGAUUUAGAUCAAAGUGAGAUUUAUUUAUAAAUCAUAUUUACUGUUGUAGUCCUUGGACCUUGGUACAAAAAGUUUUACUGGGAGAGAGAGAGAGAACUCAGCCACGAAGGAUUUGUUUUUUUGGGAGAAGAGCCAAUGUCUCAGACGGACAAUGGAAAAGCAGGGAUGGGAUGAAGGGGAAGAGUGAAAGUGCAGGGGACGGGAGGGUGAGAGAAUAUGCUAAGUGCUGCUAAAUGCCAGCUGGACCUGCAGGACUCUGGCAAAGUCCGUGGAGUCUCUAAGGAAACAGUAGAACUGAGUUUACACAACGGUGCAUCGGAAGGACAGACCUGACCCGUGGACACAAAGACAGGUCAAACACACCUACUGGGCACAGACACAGCAGUCGCCAAGUCACAUGACCUCCUCGGAGACGUGAGCACUGGGAACUGAUCCAGACUUGUGGGUUCUGUGAAGCAGAGUGAAGUUCCUGGAGCAAAGAGCAGGUUUAACCAUCCAGUCUGACGGCUAUUGAAGGAACAGGAUCAGAGAUGACAGAUGAGAGCCUAGUGGUACAUCAGCCGGCCUUUACCUGCCACAGCAUUCAACACUCCCGCAGGCUGGACCAAAGACUCCACAUGCUCAGGGACGAGGUCAGGAUCAUGAGUCGGGACAAGGAGCGGGGAGAGCGAGUCUGGAGGGAGCGAGUGCAGCGAUUACAGAGGCAGCUGAAGUCCAAAGAAGAAGAAAUGAGUCGUCAGUCCCAGUAUUUCGAAAACUUUAAAAGCCAACUCCAGCACAAGCUGAGUCUGUGCAGAGAGAGGGAGCAGAGCCUGCAGAAUCGAAUCUACACCUUGGAAAAGCAGCUGCUGGACGUCACCGUUAGCGCAGCCACUGGCAUUUCAACCAUCACUGCAGUCAGAAUCACUGCUGGGACGGUCACACACUCCGGAGGCCAAGAAAGGCUGACAUUUAUGAGAGGGGAGGGAGAGGGAGAGGAGGAGAAAAAAGAGGACAGGAAGAAGCUGCCGCUGCGGCCGAGUGUGUUGUCUGACAGAGAGGGAGGACGAGAGGGUGAUGAGGGGAAGUCAGAGAAAGAAACGGAAGCAGGGAGAAAGGAUUACACAAAACUGAGCUCUAAUGAGUCCAAGCUGCAAGGUUUCAUCCUGAGCCUGCAGGAAGACCUGAAGGUGCUGCUAGAGAGGGAGGAGGACGGCAUGACGGAGCGGAGGACACUGACGGAGCAGCUUCAGGAGGCCCAGGAGAAAUACCAGGAACUGUGCUGCAAAACAGAAGAAAUGAAAUCGGAGAUAGAGCAGCUGAGGCUCUCUGAGUGCUCCCUGGUGGGAGAGGUGGAGGAGCUGAGAGAGGAGAACCACAGGCUGCAGUCAAUCAUAACAGAAGCAGCAAACCCAACAGACAGCCAGACAUCGUCAGUCCAGGAGCCCGACUGUCCUGAUUCUGGGUUAACUUCACCCAGUGGACUUCCUGCAACCUUUUCUGGGCCAAUUAACGGCAUCAUCAUCAAAGAACUGUCCUCAGCACAGAGGUCAGAGGUCACAGAGGUCCAGUCGACUUUGAAUGGGAGGAUAGAUGAGUCCUAUUCAUCUGCAUUUACACACAAUCUCCACCAGGUGUCAGCAGACAGCAAUCAGCUAAAAUCAGAAUUCGGCUUGAACCAUGACUUCAACUUCCAGUCACUUUCCUUGGCUACAGAAACGAUAGAUGAGAUUAAAGGUGACAGCUGUCACUCAGGUGGACUCUUCACACUCGAGGGACACGGGAGUGAGGAGACUGAAGCUUUAAGAGAGGCCUACAGGAGCCUGGGCUUUGGGGAAGAUCUUGAAGCUCUUCAGGAAGAACGAGAUCGAUUGGAGGAGGAACUGCAGAACGCACAAGAAAAACUAGAGCUGGUGGUUGAGGAGAAUGCACAGCUGAAAUUAAAACUCAGGAAUCAGGCCGAGGAUGAAUCACCAGUCACUGGCUCUUUGGGAAAACAGAUUGACCAUCUCCAAACCUCUCUUGCUAAAACAGAUACCAACUCCACUCCUCCCCAGGAUGAGCUUCUCCAGGCCCUUAAUCAGGAGAAUCGGGCCUUGGCCAACAGAAUCCAGCAGCUUCUGGCUCACAUGGAGCUCAGAGAGGAGGAGCUGAAGGAGCACGCCUCAGGGUUAGAGGAGCACAAACACAGGUUGGAGCUGGAGAACAAGGAGCAGGGCUGCUUGAUUACAGAACUCACCAGGAAGACGGAGGACGAUCUCAACACCAUCAUGGAGCUGCAGCAGAGACUGGACAGUGGGAAGGAGGACAAAUCAGAGGAACGUGUGACCAAAAAGGAUCAAGAACCAAAUCACAUUUCCAGUGAAGGAGCAGAGGAUUUUAGUCAUAACAAUAAACGGAACCUGCCGCAAGACGACCCAGAAAACCUUUUGCUUGUCAAUCCAUUGAACGUCCGAAUUGAUCACCUGAACAAGACAAUCCAGAGCCUCACAACUCAACAGGAAGAAGUAGCAGCCAACAUAAAGUGUCUGAGAGAACAGCAGGCAGAAGUGACUGUGUCCGUCCAGACAAAGACUGAGGAGAAGCAGCAGUUGACCAGGACCGUUUGGGGGCUGAAGGAGGAGAAAGACAGUAUCUACCAGAGUCUGUCUGGUCUCAAACAGGAGAAGGAACAGCUUAGCAGGACGGUCUGUGGGCUGAAGGACAAAAAAGAUCAAUUUAUUUUAUCCAUGAGUGCCCUGAAGGAGGAGAAGGAGCAGUUAACAACCACUUUGUCUGCUCUGAAAAUAGAAAAGGAGGCCUUGACAGAACACCUCUUAACUGUCACGCAAGAAGGAGAUCAAAUCAAGGAGCACGUGCAGAGUUUACAGACGGAGAGCCAUCAGUUGAGCCAAGCAGUGAGGAGUUUGAAACAGGAAAGAGACGAACUGACCGUUUCCCUGAAGUGUCUGCAGGAGCAGAGAGACCAGAAACAGUCGGUGCACGCCUUAAAAGAGGAGCGUGACAAACUGAUAAAGUCAGUCAGCAGUCUGAGAGAGGAAAAGGAAGGAGUCGAACGUUCAAUCGUGUCGAUGAAAGAGGAGGAAAAGAAAAUAAUGAUCAAGAUUCAGGGCCUGAAAGAGGGACGUUUCAGCCUCCAAUCAGCUCUGUCCACACACGCCGACACACAAGGAGGAAGCUCUGUGCAGCAGGAGCAAAGUGAUCUGCUGAGAGAAGUUGAAGCUUUGAGGGAGCAGCUGCACAGGUCACAGGUGGAAGUGGAGAGGAGAGAGAUGGAGACAAAGAAGUUCCAGCGUGACCUGUCUGAGUCAGAGGUCAGGAGGGAGGAGGCAGAGAGAACAGCAGCUGAGAAGGGGCUGAGGCUGAUAGAAGUCAGUGGUCAGAUGGAAGAAAGCAGGAUGGACAGUGAACAUCUCAGCAGACAGGUGAAGGAACUGCAGAUUAAAGUGACAGGUUUGGUGAAGGAGAAAACUGAAGCCUUGUCUCAUAAGACACAGAUAGAGGAACAAUACAACAUCCUCACAGCUCAGCUCAGAGCUAAGACGGUGGCUCUGGAGGAGCUGAAUUAUGAGUAUAUUGCUUUGAAACUAGGGCAGGGCUGUAAGGAAGACAUGGGAGCAGCUCUCACGUCGAUUCGUUCACGCUACAACGACAUCAGAGCUAAGUAUGAUGCCCUGCUGAAGAAGAGCAGCCAAUCAGAUCUGGACUUGACUCCUCUAAAGGCCAAGUUGUCGUGUCUGGUGGUGAAGUGUCAGGAGAGGAACAGCGUCUUAGCUCAGAUGGUGAAAGUGAUGCGCAGACAGGGCUGCGCAGACUCCACGCUGACACAGCACGUGGAGCAGCUGCUCAGUGACGCAGCUCUGCAGGACUACACCGCCGCCUUCUCUCCCGGGACCGUCACAACAACCAGGACUCAAACAGCUGAGUUUACACCCAGAUUCAUCUCCACGUUUCAUGACAUCACCGCUGGACCCCGAUCUGAUCACACCUGCCCUGCUGUUCUCACACCUGCAAAUGUGCAACAACACAACGGACUCACGGUUGAGUCUGGAUUAAAGAGCAGAGAGUUCCUGAGUGAGAGACACGUUUUCAUAUCCACGAGUGAGUCUUUGACCAAUCAGAGAGGCUGCAGGAGUGAGGUCACAGCUACAGAAACAGAAACACUGAAGAGGAAGUCCAUCUCACCUGUUCCUCCAACACCAGUGCAGGACAGAGUCAGCCCCGGAGUCAAACCUGUGGUUCCAGCUCUUAAAGAAAGUUCAACCACCACCGCUGCACAGGGCGCUCCAUCUGCCAGUGGAACAGUUUCAUCACCCAGACUAGAUAUUUCUGGAUUCCCUCAUUCUGAUGCAAGAGGAAGAUCCCCAGAGCUGAGCAUCUUAGGCCGAUCCUCCCUCACACUCGCUUCCACUUCUCCUCUAUCCAGCACGUGUGUGAGCCCCAGUAGGAGGCUCUGCAGCCCCGAGAAGAUCAUCAGCCUGCACGAGGAGCUGCAGAGGACGCUGAAGAACAGCUUUCAGGGUCCAGUGAGCAGAGGGAGAAGACAGGAGUCCAGGAACCUCCUCUCUGUCUCAUCUCCAGCUGACCUGGACCAACUGUCUCACCGGGUUCAGCCCAGCUCCAGCUUUAGGAGACAGAGCACUCCUCUCCCUGUGAGUCCAGCUCCAAACCUGGAGGCUCACAGUCCGAUAGAAACAACUAAACCUGCUGCUGCGACAAAGUCCACAACCCUCUUCAACGCCAUGGCUUCCAGAUCUGCUAAUGUUGCGUUCACCCCUCUAAAAGCAGAAAAAGAUAAAUGUGCGCCCUCUGCUGCUUCCACAACAAAUAACAAGUCCUUUUUAAGCAGUGGUGCUAAUAAAACAACGUCACCAGAAAUAAGAAAGAAAGUCUCGGCUAAUUCCGACGCGUCUGAUGAUACGCCACACUGUCCUCCCACUCCUCCGCCCCUGCGGACCGAUGCCGUUGACUCUAACCACUUAAUAUGUUGUGACACUAAUUCAAAAGCCACUGCCUCAGACACCACUGCCCCUGGAAAAUCAACUACCCCCAAAUUUAAUAGAUUUAAUGGGGCUCCCUCAGCAAGCGAUGGACUUUUACUCACCGCAUCCUGGCCUCCAUCUGCUCGUUUGUCUCCUGGGAGAACCAACAAGUCCACGAGUAAAUCACCUGCUGGUCUCCAUCAGACCAAAUCACUGAGGUCGAAACCAGAAGCUCCAGCAGAGGUGCAGUCUGUGGAGGUCAUUAACAGGGUUGGUCAGAGCAGCCUCAUGAUUGGCUGGGAGAGGCCACCACUGGACGAGCUGGGCUGCAGUAACGGCACCUUUGUGUACGGAUACAGGGUGUUUAUAGAUGGAGAGUUCCACAAAUCUGUCAUGAGCUCAGCCUGCACCAAGUGUAUUGCAGAGAACGUCGACCUCAGCUGCCCGGUCGACAUCAGUUUACAAACACUGGGAUCCAACGGUCUGAUUUCGCGCAGCGUCCACACCACGUACAGGAGCAGCACGCCGACACUGACCGACUAACAUCUCACAGCUCUGUGGUUUAGUUCAACAAUUUACAAUCUCAACUUCUCAGUGAAAACCUUUUGGUUCGAGGUGUCAGAGGUUUGUCCUCCAUUACACAGCCAUCUAUAGCUGCAGUGCUCUGAGGGACUGUUCCAACCUCCAGCUCAGCUCAGACACCAUCACGCUGCAGGGACGCCCUCUCUCCAUGUGAGGCUCAGGUCACCCAAACCUUGUUACUUAGGAGCUAUGAAACCUCAGUAAGUGAAGAUGUCAAACUAAACCACAGCGAACUCUGCCGCCUUCUCGUUUAAAAGUUCAGCUGAAUGUCAAACCAGGCGUGUCGGGUUAUCGGCUGCAUUGUUUUCUGGUGUGAAGAACUUCCUGUUUCAGAGACAUGGUCUCGUAAAUAAAAGCGCUCCGCAGCAGCCGGGUGAGAGGCCAAAGUGAAAAGUACAACAACAAAAACCAAACAAAAACUGCUCCAAGCAGAUGAUAAAAACAGCCAAACUUGUUCACGUUUUCCUGGGACGCCUUCUCCUUCUCCCGAUGGAGGAACAUCUGCUCCUGCUGCACAUUUCUACACUGUGUUAAACUGGGACACGUCAUGACUCAUGGGUCGUAGUGAAGCUCUUCAGUGGGCAGCAAAAUGGAAAAUUACUCACAUUUUUUUAUGUAACACUCACUGCAUAAUGUGCCGACACGACAUUGUACUGAAGACCAUCCUACUUGAUUUUUAUACGUGAAGCCAAAUACGAAGAAGAAUCUCUCCAAAGACGUUUCCUUCACAUCACAACUCUACAGGAUAUCUUUAAUCGCCGGAGACAGAAGCUACUGUUUUUUCCAGAUGUUUGCACACAAUCAUUAAAAAAAAAGCUACUAUCGCCACUGAUAUAUUUUAUAGAGAAUAUUCUAAAAAAAAUAUACAAAUGUAUAUAUAUUAAAAAAAAAACCACCUAUGUUUUUGUACGAGCGACACUUUCAUACCUAACCAACGUCACGACUGCACGCUCACAUCCGCUCUUGUUUUAUACAAACGUCACAGUCCUCACCUGAGCUCUUCUUUCUAUGCUAUUUUCGUUGAACUCAACGUAUGUGCGAGUGUGGAGUGACCAUGGUGCAGCAAAUGUAUUUUUCUAUCAGUGAGUGAUUAUAUGGAUUUCCAAAGGAUUCCUUGCAACUGUACAAAGAAUAAAUGUCUAUGAAAACA